AUGAAACGCCGAAUCACCAUCGUCCAGCCCGAAAAUGCCCCCUUCCACCCAUCUCAAGCCGAGCUGACCACUUCGGCCCUGUCGGUCCGCGACCUCGACGGCGCGCGCGAAGACCGAAUCACCCUCGGACUCGACGAACUCCCGGAGGAGCUCCGCACCGUCCUCCGACAAUCGCACGAGCUUCAUCUCCGCUGGUCGACCGAGCGGUCCUACAAUGCCGUUGCGCCCUUUGCCAGUAGAGUCUCGCCCGGUCUACAUGUGUUCUAUACCCCGCUGUCCUCGGAUCAGUCCUCGGAGACGUUGUGUCCGCUGCUCCGCGCAGUGUUCGGGGAUGGGGUCGACUGCGCAAAUCCGGAGGAGUCAUUCAUCACGCCCCCUCUCCUCUCGACGCGGUUCGCGGCCUCAGCCUCGCUUCAAUUCCACUCUCGGCUUCCCUCGUUGGAACAACUAGUCGAUUUCAUCGGACGCACGGCCUGUGAACCGCGCAAGGAAAGCACGUGUCUCGCUAACGCCCAGUACCUGCUCUCGGCGGACUCGCUCGAUAUCGACUAUGACAGUAUUUCGCACACCCUGACCCUGACAAGUCUUUGGACUAGUCCGCCGAGUGGAGGCUGGACGGAGGUGGUUCGAAAACCGACCUCGAACGCAGACCAAGUCGAGUUUGGGAUUUUGAGCGGCGACAAGGCUGUUGAUCUGGAGGAUUUGAAAAUGGGCGGGUUACUAGCUGUGAUUGGGACGCACAAGAAACUACAACCGACGAUGUUCUCAUUUCCAUCGCGUCACCACCCGCUGCCCAAAGAGGCAAGCUAUACAAUCUCCUUCCCGCCUCCAACAGGGCUGCACCCAACACUAUCCAUUUCAAUGCCCCAAUCCUCCCUCCAACGACCCCCUGCUCCGGAGCACGCAACCUGCGCUCUGCACACAUACCUCACCCUGCCCUCCACCAUCUUUGGAGACCAGUACCAGUUGGGAACAUCCGAUCCCCUCUUCCUCGAAUCUCACAACCUCGUCGCCCUCCGCGCUCUAGCUGGUGAAACCGACCUUGAAGCUCCAGACUGGGUAAUCCCGCGCUGGGGCUCCACCUGGCUGCUUGAACUCGCCACUCCUAAGGCGGAGUCAACUGAGGUCAAUUGGACCGCUACGAUCCCACUCCACCUGCGAUAUCUGGAUCCCUCGGAAUCAGGCUAUCGGCCCGCGGAUGUACCCUGGCCCGUCGUCUUCUGGGCCUGUACUGCCGAGGACGGCACGAAGAUGGGGACUAACCCGUUCGACCGCACGAAUCUAGGCUGGGAUGGUCUCUUCGGCCCGCGCACUAUGUUCUUCCAAUUACAUCCUUCUUCUUCCUCUACUUCUUCGGCGAAACUCGUCGAGCAUAUCGAUGUCCCUGUGCUGCGUCUCCGCGGUGCAGAGGGCCUGUUUCAGGCGAGGAAUAUCGAGCUAGGAACUGUACUUGUGGUUGGACUGGGAUUCCUCUGGGUGGUUCUCAGGCUGGUACGCGUGGCGUGGUCUUCUGGCGUGGGUUCCAAGAGACACCGGGGGACACUGCAUACGAAGAAAGAUUGA